AUGGAGAACGUUCUUCUACUCAGAAAUGCCUCAGAUGAAGGCCCAGAUCGUUACGAGACAUCAAUGAUAUCUUACGGGUACAAUCCCAUAUCUGUUGCCGUUUUGGAGACAGUCAUUACCAACUUGGAUGAGCUGAAAUGCAAAAUCAGCAGCGGUCCAAAGGAACAUCUUGCGGGAGUGGUAAUAACGAGUGCAAGGGCUUGCGAAGCCUGGAUUACAGCCGUGAGCGAGCUUUUGUCCACUGCUGACUGGAGCCAUGUGCCAUUCUAUGUCGUCGGGCAAGCUACUGCGGCUGCCCUGGCUCGAAUACGAGAAACAUACGAUUCUUCUCUGUCGCCCAAAGAUAUCCGUGGAGGUGCUGAGGCAGGAACGGCUGAGCGGCUUGCACACUUUAUACUUGAAGAUCUCACUCGUGAGAGCGGGAAAAGUUCACUUCUGUCAUUAACAGGUGACAAGAAUCGCGAUACUUUGCCUUCAAUCCUCAAAACAGGCGGUGUAGAACUCGACAUCUUACAAGUCUAUGCCACUCAAGGCUCAUCCAAGUUCACUGAUGAUCUGGAUAAUGUUAUGCGACUUGCACCGAUAGAUUCUCAAGCACCAUGGGGUUGGAUAACCUUCUUUGCACCAUCUGCAGCAGAUUUCGUGAUGCCCGCUCUGCGCAAAUAUUUUACUUUCCCUGCCAGUAAUUCUGAGUCGCCACAAGUCUCGAAUGUAAAGAUUGUUGCCAUAGGGCCUACAACGGCGGUGCAUCUACGUGACAAACUUGGAGUCUUUGGGUCUGUUGUUCCUCCAAAGCCUAAUGCCGAAGAACUUGCUGCUGCGAUAGCAAAACAUGAUUCGGAAGCCCCACAUAAUUUGUGA